AUGUCGCACACGAUGCUGGAGCUCGUGCUCUCGGUCGACGCAGCGCACUGCGGCCGAGCCGAGCACUCGGUGCCAUAUACCCCCAAUAUGCACGUGAAUGGUAUGCGUGUUCCGCUCACGUGGCCGCUCUCCGCGGCGCAACUGGCCGAGCUCAGUGCCUUGUACCCGGGCAACCCGAUUCGGAUCCCGUGGACGUCGAUCGCACAGAGCUGCACGGACAAUGUCUUUGAGCACACGCGCAAGAUGCGCCACAUUGUUCAGAGCAUGCACCCGUGGGGCAACUAUGACACGGGGUUUCAAAUGCUCACGAUCGACCGUGUGGGCACCGCGGCAGCGAUCACACUGCCCAAUAACUUUUGCGAUUUUUUUGGCAUCAUGGUGCACGUGCUUCCGUCGGAUGCGGUCGGCGGCGCUGUCACCGUCUCGUACAACGGCCACACCACGGCGUGGGACGAAGUACGCGACCGCCAGUUUGCGUUCAACGCUGCCUGCAGCCUGCAAGUGGCACCCAUUGUGUCGGGCUCGCGCGCCACGCUCGUCUAUAGCGUUGCCUACUCGACAGACGGCGCCAGCGACGACGACCAGUUGUUCCACUACUACAAGCGCCCGAUUCCGCGCCCGACGAUCGCGUGCAUGCAGAAGGCGGUGGCGAAUUGGAAUGAGCAUACGCAUGUGGCGCUCCGCUGGCGCUUUGCGCACGCCGGGCCACUGUCGUUUGAGGCGCUCACCGGCAAGGCCCAGGCGGUGGUCGAGUACCUUGUGUCGACACGGGUCGUCGACGUGGCUCUCUUCCAGCCGGACGGGGCGACCGACGACAUUGCGUUUCACGCGGCGUGCAGCGUACCGGCAUUGGUCGUUGCUUCUUGCCCCCACGCCCGCUUGCGCGAGUUGUCGGCGUGGUCCGACGACGCGGCGCCCGAGCCCGACACGAUUUACGUUGCAUUUUGGCCCAAGGCGCACCGCGUGUACUUUGUGGGCUUUGCGCGCAUGGUCGAACUCCUGCAGACGCCUCGCGACGCCUUGAGCACCGAAUUGGCCGACUCGUUUGACGACUUGGUCUCUGCCGUCAUUCGCAUGCUACGUGUUGGCAUCCGUGAGCGCUAUGCCAUGCGAAUCGAGCGCGCCAAUUGGCACCUCCUCGGGUCAUUGCUCUUGCAUCGCGUGGGGCGCGACGGCAUCGACGUGUGUAUGCACUUUCUCCAGUGCACGAUGCACAAUAAUGUCUUUUGGUCGGUGGCAAAUCUGGUGCCAAUCUGGUUUCUGGACGUGGUGACGUGCUACGGCUGGCAGCACGUGCAGCCGCGCUUGGUCUCGCUCAUCGAAGGCACCGACACGUCGUACGAUGCCGAUUUUAUGCAUUUGCUUGUCGGGCUCGUCGAUAACAACCGCUUGCGUCUGCGCCAGCGCCACGCGACCGAGUUUCUCAAGGCCAUGCUCACACUUUUACUGCGUCGGCGAGACGACCACAGCCGCCUCCCAGACCAAGACAUAUUUCUCCACGGUGCGCUGCGCGUCAUGUCUUGCUUGGCGACCGAAAGCACCGAUAGCGUCGUCGGCGGACUCUUGGAGCAGCGGCUACCGGCGCCGCUUGUGGCCGGCAUUGCGCGCUUUGACCCGACCCACUGCUCGCUCUUACAAGCCGUGCACAGCACCGCCGAGCUGCAGCAAGAAGUUCCCAAAACGUUGUGGGAACUUCGGAACGUCCCCUUGGCGCUGCAAUUGCAGCCGUACAUUGACGUCGCGAUCGCCUACUACAGCACGACAGAGAACUGCGACAGCCUUGGACUCAGCGCGCUGCUCAAAGUCACGGCCGGUACCCCAGCCUUUGGUGCCGCCGCGGACGCGGGCCUGCGCCAAAAGAUGGACUUGAGUUUUUGGGUGGACGUACUCGGGACGCCCAGGACGCACCUCGCGCCGUCGUUCAAAGCGCAAUUGAUGGCGCAAGUCCUUGCCGCGGUCCAGAGCGUCACACCGCUCAAAGCGCAGACAGACGCCACUUGUCUGCGGACGCUCGCGGUCUGUGUGCAGAAUGCCAUCUGGAUCUGCCACCACCUACGCGCCGAUGACGCCUUGGCGACCAUACUCGACCGGCUCUUCACGCAGCAAGCGAUGCACGUGGACCAAGUCACGUUCGUCAUGGGCGUGUUUGUGCUUCUUUACGAUACGUUUGUGGAUUCGGACCUCGCGUCGCUGGCCAUUGACCUUGCGAUGCGAAGCGUGCCCGUGCUCGCAGCGCGGCUCGCCUUGUUGUCAACCCGCGAGACAUCGACGAUGGUCACGUGGCCCUGCGACUGCCGCAUUUGCGCACAGCUGAAGGCGUUUGCGACGAGCCCAGGGCCAAGGAGCGAGCGGUUCGCGACGCACUCGUGCAAGUACCUCAGUCAGAGAAUGCAGGCUGGCACGGCAUUCCAUUGGUACCCGUCGCACACCGAGGAUCUGUGCUGGGAGUCGGUCGACGAGACUUACCCGGUUUUGAUCAACCACCCCACGCACCGCGCCACCGAGAUGCACGACGCAAACGAACGCCUUGAGCGCUCGCUCGCACUGCUCUGGAUCUGCGCCCAUUUUGAUCACACGCCGGGUCUGGCGGCGCUGCUGGCGUAUGCCAAGGCCCUCGAAGCUGCGCACGAAGCACCCAUCACGGUCAUUAUGGACAUUAUCGUGCCCUUCCACGACCAGGCGGUGAACGCUGGGCAUUCCGACUUUGCUCGGGCGCUCGCAGCGAUUGGGUUGCCGCAACUGACGGCGCGACUGGCGGCGCUAUCGGCGCCGACGAUCACCCGCGAACGAUCGUCCAAACGAUGCCGAUGGUGUCCGCGCUACUGCGACGAGGUCGCAGAUUUUGCACGGAGCUCGAGACGGGUGAUGUAUGUGAGCGACAAGGUGGCGCGCGCCAUGUGUGUGCCGUUGCGACGGUACCCCGAGCACGUGGGCGGUGUUUGUUGGGCCGAGUUGUUGGGCGACCAGUACACUCUGUUCAACGACACGAACGAGCUCGUGGCCAAGAUGCGCGACGCCGCCGCGCGCCUCGAGUCGAGUCUUACGCGAUCGCCAAAGCGCCCGUGUCUUCGCUUGUGA